AUGCACGUUCCCACCCCCGGAAGAGAGAACUUUGUCGAUGUCCUCAUCAUCGGCGCCGGCAUAUCUGGGAUCAACGCCGCGUACCGGAUCCAGUCCCAGCUCCCAGAUCACAAGUAUGUCAUCCUCGAGGGUCGAGGCGAAAUGGGAGGCACAUGGGACCUGUUUCGCUACCCCGGCAUCCGCUCCGACUCGGACCUGUUCACCUUUGGGUUCGCCUGGCACCCGUGGAACCAGAACAACCCCAUCGCCGAGGCGUCUGCGAUCAAGGCGUACAUGAACGACUCGGCGCGCCUGUUCGGCAUCGACCGACACAUCCUGUUCCAUCACAAAGUCCUCUCCGCCUCGUAUUCGUCCUCUGACAAGCUGUGGACCUUGUCGGUGGAGUACAAGGGAGCCGUCACGACCUUCGUGACGAGGUUCCUGGUCUUCGGCACGGGCUACUACGACUAUGAACAGCCCCUCAAGACGGAAAUCCCUGGGAUCGACCAGUUCCAGGGACCCGUCGUGCACCCGCAAUUCUGGCCCGAAGACCUCGACUAUUCCAACAAGAAGGUCGUGAUCAUCGGAAGUGGCGCGACGGCAAUCACGCUGGUGCCUUCGAUGGCCAAAACCGCGGCCAAGGUCACCAUGCUACAACGCAGUCCGUCCUACAUUGUGUCGAUGCCCAACCGAUCCAAGUCGAUCUUCCACUCGAUCCUGCCGGGGCGGAUGGUGUCGCUCCUCACCCGCUUCCAGCUGAUCGUCAAGACGCGGCUCUUCUACCUGUUCUGCCGGAACUUCCCCAACAUGACGAAGCGGAUGCUGCUGCGCGGCGUGCACCGACAGAUCCCCGAGACCGUAGCGGUCGACCCGCACUUCUCGCCGCGCUACAACCCGUGGGACCAGCGCCUGUGCCUGUGCCCGGACGGCGACUUCUUCAAGAGCCUGAGCAGCGGCAAGGCGGAGGUGAAGACGGACCUGAUCGACGCGGUGCAGGGCGACGGCAUCCGCCUCAAGUCGGGCGAGACGCUGCCCGCGGACAUCGUCGUGACGGCCACGGGCCUCAAGCUGCGGCUGGGCGGGGGCAUCCGGGUCGCCGUCGACGGCGCCCCGUUCGACCUGGCCGGCAAGCUCAUGUGGCACAUGGUCCUGAUGCAGGACCUGCCGAACGCCGCGUUCCUGCUGGGCUACACCAACGCCUCGUGGACGCUGGGCGCCGACGCCUCGUCCCUGUUCCUCACGCGCCUCUUGCGCAUGAUGGACCGCAAGGCCGUCGCCGCCGUCAUCCCGCGCAAGGACGCCGGCGCCACGAUCCAGCCCCGGAAGUUCCUCGACCUGAACUCCACGUACCUCAACGCGGCGGAGAAGGACCUCCCCAAGACUGGCGACCGCGGCCCGUGGAAGGCCCGCACCUACUAUCUCGCCGACCUCAUCUUCUCCAAGUACGGCCGGAUAGGGGAGUCUUUGGAGAUGGUGAAGGCUAGUUCCGUAUGA